CAUUCAAAUGGACUUUUCAGGUAGUUGAGUAAACUCAUUAAGUCAGCAGCUUCACUCUUUAGUGAUGAAAUAUUAAUGGUGGGACUUUAUUAAAAUACUUGAUACAUGACUUGUUUAAUUUCUAUAUGUGAUACAACACAUGAACAAUAUUUUUUACUUCAAAUAAUAUUGCGGUUGAUGACUGAAUCACUAAAUAGACUUACAGUGGCUUUAAAAAGUAUUCAUUACCCGUGGAAAAAAAAAAAAAACAAGGGCAGAGAAGACUAUCAUUGCACUUCAAACAUUUAAUGAGACAUAAUUGGAAUGUGGUGUACAAUAAAAAUAAUGUUAACAUAGCUUAUGGACGUUUUCCGAGGAAUUUUCUCAGUCCUGUAUAAUACAAACUGUCCAUAAAGGCAAUACACAUACAUAUACACAUACAUAUACACAUACAUAUACAUAUACAUAGACAUAUACACAUACAUAUACAUAGACAUAGACAUAUACAUAGACAUAUACAUAUGCAUAUACAUACACAUAAACAUAUACAUAUACCAACUGCACAAGGUUUGCAACGGGAUUACAAAACACGUGUAAAAAGAAAAAAGACUCUUUAGAGAAUGUGUAAAACAAAGAACUAGAGAGGCUAAAAUUAAAUAUAAAAGUUGACCAGUGUUAUGUGGGACUAUUAUACCAAACUAUUACAUGAUAGCAAGAACAAAGUUAAAGGAAUACUAAACCUCAUCAUUAGAAAUGUUUACCCUAAAUAUUUUAUGGCUAGCCAAGUUAAAAGGGACAAUAUGGAUGAUGUAGCUGAUAGUUUAAUGUUCUCGUAAGACGUGUAAAACCGCCAACUCAACACCAAGCCAAACUGGAGUCAAUGAAGAGAACGUCGUUGUAAGCUUGACCUUUUACUUUUGACAAUUCUUCAUAGACAAUAUGGUGAAAAACUGAAAAGAACAAAGAGACACAAACACAAUAUUGCCUCCGUACAUAUUUGUCUAAGAUGAUAUCUAAAUUGUAACGGUAAUGUCCAAAAAUGUCCAGCAGAGGGAGACUCUCGUCUGCCUGAAUGACUUGAACACAUUGUAUCCAAUUCGACGAUUAGAUUUAACAUAUCGGCACUAUUACACUUUUUUGUUGUUAACUUAUUAAAGACAACUUACGGCAUUGCUUCUUCGCCGCUUUGUGUAGGAUGGCAACAGAAAUGACUACAGAAGACCGCAACAUGUAUGACUUGCUUUCCAACGAAUACCGGAAGUAUCGACAGGAAGUAAUUUAGCGGAAGUGACAUCUAACUGCUGUUUAGCGAUUACAGCGUACAAUAAAUAUAAAUAACUUUAGCUCCAAAUUAAAGCAUUGCAGUCUAUAAUACAAAAAUAUUAUCACGUAAUUAUGUAAAGAAUAUUAACACUUGACUUCAGGACAACACAGUUAAGUUUAACACUUUUUUUGUAAAUGCUGGGCCACAUUUGUCAAUUCAAAUGCUUGAUCAAUCAACAUCCCAGGACUGGAAUGGCAUCCCAAGCUAAUGUUCCUUCGCAGGUACUGAAAAGACAACGAUAGAUAUUGUAAGUUAUUGAUGUUGUAAAGAAAGGUAGAUGUAGAAUAUCUACAGACUGUAACGGACUCCACAUGACAACUGUGGAAAAGGUCAUGGAGGGGAUUUCAAAACCAUCAACAUUCAUCAGUCAGCCAUCAUUCCAUUCAGAGAAAAGGAAAAUAGCUAAAGUUGUCCCGCUUUCUUAAACUGGGAACAGAAAGCACUUAUUCAAUUAUGAAAUACAUUGAGAGAAGUUAUUUACUGAUUGAUCAGAGACAUUUAUUGGCAGACAUACAUUGUUCUUAUUUCUAUGUAUUCAUGUGUUCAUAAAGAAAGGGUAGAAACAAACACAACCCAAGAACAUGAGGUCAUAACACCGGGCAAACACAACAACCAAACCGACCAGUUUGGCCCACUUCCUGACUUCCUGAGGUGCAAAGUUGAAAAUGUUGUAGUGAAGGAAGUGAAGUGGGACCCCUUUUUCAGUCUUAAAUAUUUUUUGUGGCAAAUUGCCUUUAUUUGCAAUUUUUCCUAAAAUAGUGUCCGAUUUGAUCAACUGCUUUUUGAGCCUCCGAAACAUUAGAGUGCCUUGUAUGAUGACGCCGUCGGUACUUUUUUCCGUAACGUGGACUCCAGUGAUGGAACACAUCUGGCUGCUGGUGGAAGAAUACAACUGCUGAAGGCGAGGGCAGUGCUGGUGGACAUGGAGGAAGGUGUGGUCAGUGAGAUCCUUCAGGGCCCUUUGAGAGAUGUGUUCCACAGCACUCAGCUGCUCACAGAUGUGUCAGGUGCAGGCAACAACUGGGCCGUUGGACACAUGACGUAUGGGUCAACCUACAGAGAAAAGAUAGUGGACAAGCUGAGAAAAGCAGCAGAACAAUGUGACUGUCUGCAGUCCUUUUUCCUUCUGAACUCUAUGGGAGGAGGUACAGGUUCCGGGCUAGGGACUAAAGUGCUCUCCCUUCUCAAGGACGAAUUCCCUGAAGUGUGUCGAAUUGUCACCCCCGUCUACCCGUCCUUAGAGGACGAUGUCAUCAUAUCUCCCUACAACAGCAUCCUGGCUAUGAGAGAGCUCACAGAGAAUGCGGACUAUGUCCUGCCUGUUGGAAAUCAGGCACUGAUUGAGAUGUUGAACAAGAUCUCACAUACGUGCCAUGGCCAAAAGUCCAGGUCCAUCCCAAAGGGCGACGUCCUAGUCCCGAGAAAGGGUGGGCUGACAGGGUCCGAGAGGCCUUUUGAUGCCAUGAAUGACAUUGUGGCGAAAAUGUUGCUCGACCUUACCAGUUCGGCACGUUUUGGGGGUAGUCUGAACAUGGAUCUGAAUGAAAUCCCAAUGAACUUGGUUCCGUUCCCUGGACUACACUACCUGGUGCCAAGCCUUAGUCCACUCUGCUCGGAUGUCAGUGGUUCUGCUAGAAGCCUGGACCAGAUGUUCACAGAUGUGUUCAGUAAAGGCCAUCAGUUAAUGAAAGUAGACUUGAAGCACAGUCGCCACCUUGCCUGCGCCCUCAUGCUGCGAGGUCAUGUCCACGUGUCUCACCUGCGCAGGAACAUUGACAGGAUGAAGCCUUUAUUACCCUUUGUGUCCUGGAAGCAAGAAGGCUGGAAGACCAGUCUUUGUUCUGUUCCACCUGUAGGUCUCAACCAAUCCCUGCUGGCUUUGUCCAACACCUGCGCUAUCAAGUCCACAUUUGUAGAGCUGAGAGAACGCUUCACCAAGCUCUACAAGAGGAAGGCACACCUGCAUCAUUACCUGCAAGUAGAGGGCAUGGAGCCCAGCUUCUUCUCAGAGGCCCUCACGUCCCUCAACUCUCUGAUAGAUGAGUACCAACAUCUGGACUCAGCAACAUCCACACCUGACCCUCCCAGACUUACCAUCGCUCAAUAAAAUAAAGCAAACCAUUCAAGACAACCAAGCCUUCACUCACACUUGGCAACAGUUGGAAUGUACCUCUGUUGAAAUCCACUAUUUGUCAUGACAAAUAUAUCAUUUGACAUUUGGAAGCUUUUCAAAGGAGGCUUUUUAAUCAUAUUCAUCUCAUUAUGUAAAGCGCCAUAUUUUCCAGACUAUUUUUCCGUAUAAGCUGCAAGUUUGGAAGAAAAAAUAUUACAAUCAAUGUUUAUUUAUAUAGCCCUAAAUCACAAGUGUCUCAAAGGGCUGCACAAACCACAACGACAUCCUCGGUAGAGCCCACAUAAGGGCAAGGAAAAACUCACCCCAGUGGGACGUCUAUGAGAAACCUUGGAGAGGACCCCGAUCUAUAAGAUGCAGAUAUAUACGUUGUGAAAUAAGUUAUUUACACAGGAAUAUUUUGUAAAUGUUUACAUUAAUUGUUUUCAAAUGAAGCAGUGUAGUAUCCGUUAGUCUACAAAAUAACAUGCUCCCCAACCCCCCAAUUUGGUGCAAGAUUACUGUGUUUUCCAGACCACAAACCGCACCCGUUUAUAAGCCGCACCCACAAAAUGUUACAAGAAAUAAAUGUUUUUCCAAAUAUUAGCUGCACUGAUCUAUAAGACACAGAUAUAUACGUUGUGAAAUUAGUUAUUUACACAGCAAUAUUCUGUAAAUAUUUACAUUAAUUGUUUCCAAAUGAAGCAAUGUAGUAUCUGUUAGUCUACAAAAUAACAUGCCCCCUCCCCCCAUUUCGUGAAAGACUACUGUAAUUUCCAGACUACAAAGACAACCAGUUUAUAAGCUGCGCCCACAAAAUUUCACAAGAAAUUCAUGUUUUUCCAUAUAUCAGCCGCACUGAUCUAUGAGACGCAGAUAUAUACGUUGUGAAUUGAGUUAUUUACAUCAGUGGUCCCCAACCACCGGGUACCAGGCCGGGGUUCGAUUGGUACCGGGCCACAGAAGAAUUUUUUUAUUAAUUUUUUAUUUUUUUAUUGAAUCAACCCCCUCUUGCCGGGCCACGGGACAAAUUAUCAAGCGUUGACCGGUCCGCAGCUACAAGAAGGUUGGGGACCACUGAUUUGCAUUGUGUCUGUAACUCGGCAGUAAAACGGCUGAUCAAACAAAACAGAAGUCAUGGUCAUGGACCCACUAGUUGCGCAAGCUAGCUCUCCAAUCAGCUAAACAGGCUCAAUAACUCCAUGCUGAUGUUUUGGUGAAUUUGUGAGAAUGAAACUAUACCAUUGUUAUUUAAUUAUGCUAACACAGACACCUGUAAACGUGUUAGCUAUUGCUAACGACGCUAGCUUGAUUACAUCACGAUAGCAGGUAGAAAUAUGCAUGAAAACACUCCUCCAGACAUCACACAUGUAAGAAUAGUUGUAGUUAUAUUGUAAAAGCAGGAAACAUUGCUUGGAGUGAUGACUGAAGAAUCUGUAUCCAUUUUCCUCUCAGCUCAUAUUAGUUGAGAAGAACUGUUGUAUAUUCUUGCUUAGCAGGUUAUAGUUUACUUUGUACAUCAUUUUACAUGUUUGCAAAUUCACCAAGUCAUCAAAUUUCAAUAACUGUGAUUCAAUAAAGUUUGUAUGUUCUUUAUAUCCGACAUGAUGUAUUAUUAUGUGAUAUUUUUAUAGAUUAUCCCCAUAUUUUUGCACAAUGGGUCAGAUAUGUAAGACUAGUGAGCAGGAGACAAUAUCAAGUCAUUUUUGUUGUAGAACAUGUUUUGUUUUAUUCAUUAUUGACGUGUUUCUUCCUACUUUUAUGUUGUAUAUUUUUACAUGAGAUUUCAUUUGAUGAUCUAUUAUUACAACCAAAUGUGUUUUAUUUACCUUUCAAUUUCUACUCCCUCUAUUUAUCUUUGACUUUCUCCUCUACUGUUGCCAAACAGCAUUAUUUGAGUUUUAAUGAGAUUCAAAGAGUCUGUUUUUGUCAAAGCAUCUUUUUAAUUUGUUAUUAUUUGUAUUAUCUUCUGUGUGUUGUCUCCUGAACAAAACAUCUGCAAAUAAAACUAACUUGAAGUCCUUUGUAA